AUGCCCGACGAAAAAUUCUCUUCACCCAUCAACAAAUUGCCACCAGAGCUAUUAUCAAAAAUCUUCAUCACAUUUGCCACUUCACUCACUGCGCACAACUAUCCAUUUCAAAGCUUUGCUCACUAUGCGAUAAAACUUUCGAGCGUGUGCACUGCUUGGAGACAGGCGGUCAACUCUACGCCAACACUCUGGACUUCAGUUGACUUUAUGCGGCAAGGACAAUCCCUGAGCGAACUACGGCAUAUACACCUUUGCCUUGAACGUUCCCGUAAUGCACCACUCCAUUUGCGCAUCGGGAGGAUGGACUUUGAGUGCCCACUUCCCGCCAUGAACGUAGAACUUUCUACUCUAAUUCACUCUAGCGCGCCCCGGCUAAGGUCUCUUGCCAUCGCAUUUUGGCGUUUUGGGUUAGCCAAAGAAAUACUUGGGACUUUGGAUGCUUUAGGUGCCUCUAACACACUACACGAGCUAGCCCUCUACGCAACGUCGGGUGACAAGCUACUUUAUGCAGACUCUGAUUUCCUCCCGCGAGAAUCUCUUGAUCGUAUACUUUCAUCAUUGAGGUAUCUUUACUUGGAUAGCGUUUCCCUUGAUUGGAAUAUGGCGUAUUUAUCGUGCCGGAACCUUGUAGAAUUGCAGUUGAUAGAGAUUCCCAUGAACGGCUACCCUACCUCUCUACGACUUGCUCAGCUAUUAGAAGGCAACAAGGGUCUACGAUCCAUUAAAUUCUCGCGAUUCGAGCUCCGCGAUUAUACUGUCUAUCCUGGCCAAGCAACCAUAGAACUUCCCGAGCUUAGCUAUGUUCAAAUAUACAUGCACCCGAGGUUCAUCGCCUGGUUUUUCGGUUUACCGAUUAAGACUGCAUCGGAUCUUAAUCUGUGGUUAGCGUCGUACUUAGUAGAUGCAUACAUAAGUCCGGUCAGAAUUGCCCUCAACUCUUUCUUUGAACGACAUUCCAUAACUUCAUUGUGUCUUUCGGGAGAUUGGCUACCGCUUCCCUUUGUGGCAAGGAACCUUUCAAAGUUAAAGAUGCUUAGAAUAUACGGUCAUUAUCUCGGGAACUACGCUUUCGUAGGAAUGGAAGAAGCAGCUGAUUUAUUCCCUCACUUGCAUGCUAUUGAUAUUUUCGAAUGUGUCGCUCAAAUAGAAGAUAUUGAGCCCGGCUUUCGAACGCUACUUUCUAUUCCGUCGAUGAGAGAUAUUGGGAUAGUUGGAGCCAGCUUAUAUGCUCAGAGAUUUUCUGAGCAGACGCUAUUGGACAUGGAUAGGACAAGACAGUGGCUUGUCCAUGGUAAUGUCAGUGCGAGAAUUAGUGACUCUCCUCAGACACAAUUUUACACCUUUACGACCCCUCUAAGAUGA